ACAUGAGGUAGGCAGUCGAAAUAAUGCAGCCGACCGGCGUGGCACAUCGAGCUUACGCCCAUUCGGGCUCUAUGCCUAUGACAAAUGCACUUGGAUCGUCGAUUAUGCCAUCGUUCUUCGAUCAAACUCACAGCCCGGCCGUCAGCUGUGCGUCCGCUGGAUAUUAUUCGUCGGCAUACGCCCCGAGUAUGGCAUCCAUGUAUGCUCCAAGUCCGGACAGAUAUAUGCCUCGAGCUCAUCCAUAUGCCUCUUACGCCGCAAGUCAUCAGACAACAGCUAAAGACAUGGUCAAACCGCCAUAUUCCUACAUCGCCCUUAUAGCCAUGGCCAUUCAAAGUAGUCCUGAGAAAAAGGCAACUCUUAAUGGAAUUUAUCAGUUUAUUAUGGAACGUUUUCCGUAUUACAGGGAAAAUAAGCAGGGAUGGCAAAAUUCCAUCCGUCAUAAUUUGUCGCUAAACGACUGUUUUAUCAAAGUGGCCAGAGAUGAUAAGAAGCCGGGCAAAGGCUCCUACUGGACACUCGACCCUGAUAGUUAUAACAUGUUCGAUAACGGCUCAUAUUUACGGAGAAGGAGACGCUUUAAAAAACAGGAUCUUGGUAAAGAAAGAGAUGAAAGCGAUCCAAAACGGCUCAAAGAUGAAAAUAAUGUUAAUCAUGAUUCGGGUCACGAUUCGGAUACUGGAGAUGUAAAACCAACCCUAUUAGAACUAACGCCUGCCUCACCGAACCAACCUUUGCUUCCGGUAAAGCUCGAAUCCAACUCGUCGUCGAACGACUGCAGGGCAGUGGAUGAUGAGCGAACACCUCCUCCUCCUCCUCCACAAGCACCUCAGCCCCAGCAGCAGCCACAACAGCAACAGCAACAUCAGCAGUCAGACGCCUGUGCUGGAUUUAGCGUCGAGAAUAUAAUGACGUCUUCAUCAGCAACUGCUGAAGGAGGUGGUAGUCAACAGUUUGAGCAACAGCAACAGCAGGCGCUAUCGUCGACCUACAGAUCGUCUUGUUCUGUUAAUUUAUCACCUUUUGAAAGCCACAGCCACCAUCAACAGCAACACGUACAACCGGCUCCUCUCGACGCCCUCCAUGAAAUGACGGGAACGGAUACAACGUCCAGCUACGGUCGGAGUUCCUGGUACGGUGAGGGAGCGGAUAUGUCGAGCUAUUCGGCAAUCGCCGCCUCUAGUAUGUUUGACGCUCAGAGACUGUUAUACGCUCAAACUGAAACGGCCGCUAAUUGCAGUCAUUUGCGGUCCGCUUAUAAGAUGCCGCCCAACUCCUAUUCGUCGUCCUCUUCAUCACCUUAUGAUUGUGUCGCCAAGUUCUGACGAUAUGGUGUCUAAUUCACUUAAAUACCCCGCGUAUGCGUACAUAUAUGUAUAUAUACUUAUGUACAUGUAUCUGUAUAUUCCAUA